CUCAAAACUACACUUACAAAUUAAACACAGAAACCACUUUCUUUCCCUAAAUCACACCGUUAUCUAGCUAGUACUCAGUUGUUUUUCAUGGAGUCCCCAGUGAAGGGUCGUUUGCGAAAGAAAAACUUCCUAAUCAAGACAUGGGAGCGAUGCCGAACCAUUCCUAGCUCUGCUGGCGUUUCAGGUUUUUGCAAUAUUAGGAAGAAGAAGGUGGCGCCGGAAGGUUUUUUUCCGGUGUACGUUGGACCAGAGAAACAGUGGUUUGCAGUGAAGACGCAAUACGCAAAUCAUCCGUUGUUUAGGAUGCUUUUGGAAGAUGCGGAAGUUGAAUACGGGUAUGAUACACCCGGCCCGAUACUGCUUCCAUGUGAAGUGGAUCUUUUUUACAGGGUGGUGGCGGAGAUGGAGACUAUGGAAAUGGAGCCUCGCAAGUUGAGAUAUGGAUCGUGUAGUCCAUUUAAUCCAAGCCGGCGGUUGAUUAACGCUGGCGGCGAUCAGAUGGUCAAAGGUUACGGUGGUUAUGGACUUCUUACACCUUCGCGGUUGGUUAAGAUGAAUUAACUUGUAUAUAUAUAUGCUUCUAAUUACUUUUGUGAAUAAUAUGUAGUAAAUUUGAUAAAAAAAAAAAAAAAAGAGUAUUAUUUGUA